GGUUGAUUAUUCUUUCGACACGGAUGAGGAUCUUGCAAUCAACUAUCGAACCAGCGAAACUGGGAAUCAGGGAAAGUUUUACUUUCAGAUAUAUAGGAACUUGAUAGGUAUCCACCAAUUUCAUUACAACACAACUUUAAGCACUGCUUGGUUUGGCAACACUACCAACGGAUAUGAUGCAGGAUUCGGAAAAUUAUUGUUUGAUGAUACUGUCGAUUUCAAUAGCGCUGGAGGAAUCUUAAGACCAGCCAGAGUGUAUUACUACGAUUUCGUCUUACCAUACACUGAAUUCAGGAAUUGUUUUUUCUACCGAACUAUAGGAACCGCUAAACCUGGUCUAGGUGUGUUGAAGCCAUUCACAACACAAACCUGGUAUGCCGCAGUAGCAAUAGCGUUAGUAAUGUGCUUCGCCAUCAAAAUGGCUCUUUGGAUAGAGUACACCUUCUUCAAUUACAAUGUCAAAUAUAGUUUUGUCACAGUUGUGGUUACAGCUAUCUCAAUUUUUGCCCAACAAGGAUCUCAUAUAUUACCAAAACAAAUCGGAGGUAGGUUAAUCUUCCUCAACCUCCUCGUACUCUCCAUUCUGCUCUACAACUACUACACUUCCAGUCUGGUAUCUUCCUUACUCAGUAGUAAGCCCUACUCUUUCACUACAAUUGAAGAGCUAGUAGAAAGUAAUCUAAGGGCUGGGAUAGAAUUCACCCCUUACGCAAUUACUUACAUUCUGCAACAGCAAGAUGAUGACGCCGUACGCAGGUUGAAUAGCACGAAAUUGUAUGAAACUGGAAAACCGAAUUAUUUUUCACCAAGGGAUGGAAUUGCUUUGGUGAAAAAAGGGGGAUUCGCUUAUCAUACUGACGCUAUCAGGGCGUAUCCAUUGAUUGCCAUGACUUAUGAAGAUGACAUAAUUUGUGAUUUGGCUCAGAUUGAUUUCGUUACUCCAGGUUAUUUGGGAUUCAUGCUCCAGAAAAAUUCACAGUACUCGGAACUAAUGAAAAUCAGUUUGACAAAGAUGUUGUCUAGCGGAAUACUCGACAGAGAGAAGAAAUUUUGGAAUCCCCGAAAACCCGAGUGUGUAUUGAGUGCCAGAGUGGUAGCAGUAGGAAUGAAGGAACUAGCUUUGGUAUACGUGAUAAUUGUAGCAGGCAUGGUCACUUCUUUACUCACGCUAGCUGUCGAGAUGAUUUGGUUCAGAUUAUUGGACAAUGAAGACAAAUAUUCCAGAAGAAAGCAGUUCAACUCCGUGACGACUUUUUUAUCAUACCAAGGAGACAACGAUUGGCUCAACGGAUAUAAUGAUAAUAGUCCUGGAUAUGUCUUAGAUACGACAUGUGAAGCGUACAAAGAGAUCUUAGUGAAUAGUUCCAAACGAGGAAAAUUCAGAUUCACUCACAGGUGGUUGAUCAUACAUCAUGGAAACAAGAGUGACUAUCGAACAGAAAUAAGAGAUAUAUUCAGUGGAGUAGAACUGAGAGCUGACAUGGAUAUGCAUGUUGCCUUUUCUAUUUCAUCUAAUCAUUAUAAUAUAUUCGAAAUAUUCAAACUGGGUACCGGAGUUGAUACAACCAUUAACAGAAUAGGCCAAUUCUUGGAGGGAACAUUACAUUACUGUCGAAACAUGCUAUCAUUUUAUGAAUCAAGAAAGAAUUUGUCCGGAGUUCUUUUAAGAAGCGGAAGUACUACCAACUAUUCAUUAGAAACUGAAGAUAAAUUUGCAGAGGAAUACAGAAAUAUAAAACAUAAAAUAUUCGAAAAAUUCGAUUUCAUAUCAUUCCUGAACCUGAGAAGUACUCACCAUUUCAGUUACAAUUUAACGUUGGCAUCAGCCUGGUAUGGUAACAGCUCAAGUGGUAUUGAUGGAGGAGUCGCCAAACUAUUGCACGAGAAAACACUGGAUAUUAGUAGUGCUGGAGGAAUUUUACGUGUUGGGAGAAUGGAAUUUUAUGACUAUUUAUUGCCGUAUUUCGAGUUCAGGACUUGCUAUUUCUUCAAAAAUCCUGGGACAUUGAAGCCGGGUACUGAGGUCCUGAAACCGUUUUCUUUGAACACCUGGUAUGCCGUUAGCGGAUUAGCACUCCUGAUCAGUGCAGCUAUUAAAUUUGCCUAUUUUUCCGCAAACAGAUUCUUGAAUUCGAAUACCAGAACGAGCUUCUUCACUUCUUUCCUGAUAACAAUUUCAAUUUUGGCUCAGCAAGGUUCAGCUAUGUUGCCAGCUCAUUUAGGAGGCAGACUGAUUUUCAUGAACCUCCUGAUCCUCUCCAUCCUCCUGUACAACUAUUACACCUCAAGUCUGGUUUCUUCUCUACUGAGUUCCAAGCCAAAAGUGAUGUCAACCGUGCGAGAACUAUCUGAAAGUAACUUGAAGAAGAAUGAUGCAUUCAUUCAAAAACUGAACAGAACCAAAAUUUAUGAAUCCGGGAAGCCGAACUUCAUGUCACCUGAAGAAGGAAUAGCAAUGGUGAAAAAAGGAGGUUUUGCCUAUCACACCGACGGUGAAACAGCAUAUCCUUUGGUGGCCAGGACUUUCGAUCAAGAGUCGAUUUGUGAUUUGGCCGAGAUUGAUUUUGUGACCCCUGGUGUAGUUGGACUCUCGUUGCAAAAGAGAUCGGAGUAUACGGAGUUGUUCCAAAUCAGUUUGACAAUGAUGAGAGUUGGAGGAAUACUGAAGAGAGACAAAGACUUCUGGCUACCAAGGAAACCCGAAUGCUUGCUUGGUUCUAGAGUUGUUUCUGUUGGAGUCAACGAAUUGUUUCUGGUUUAUUUGAUAUUAUUCACUGGCAUUAUAAUUUCUCUAUUCAUCUUGGUCAUUGAAACAGUAUGCUUCUGGUGGACCAAUCGUAAUAAUGUAUUCAAUUCUUUUGUCAACUAGAUAGAAAAAAACAUCAAGGUUAAUCUUAUGAUAACUUUAUUUA